UUAAGUUUUAAAAACAAAAUCCAAAGUCACGAUGAACUUUUCCACGCUUCAGUUGAUGUUUUUUAUUUACUUCACGAUUCGCUGAGCAGAUAAAAUCCUCAAAAUUGGUUCAAUUGGAGUCCAAAAGAAUGACAUCAAAUCAGUUUGAGUUGCGAGUUUAAAGAUGAAUAAGCUGCGAGUGCUACGCAGUUCGAAUAUUUUGCUGCUACUCUGUGGCUAUCAACUUCACUGGUUCGAUGCUCGAUCACAAAACUAUCGGAUCUCUCUGGCUGGAGCUCUCAAUGUGUUCAUCCUUGGAUGCUUCUAUGCAGGAUGCUUUGCCCAACACUUUCAGCCAUCGGCGAUGCUGAAGACGCUGCUGGAUGUGUCGCCUUUUUUGCAUCGCUUAACUCGUCUGCAGCUGCUGUUGAGUGUCAAGGUCUUUGGCUAUGCCAUCUACGCCUCUGUGCGUACUGUGGGCGUGGCCAAUGCGCUGACCGAAUCGCUGCCCAUGAAGACGAGCUCGAACAGCUCUAAAAAGUGCUUUUUGGAGGAGCUGAUUGCGCAUGCUUUGCUGUAUUCAACUCACCUCGUGCUCUUCGGCUUUGGUCUCUACAUUGGCUACGAGAUGGAGUUCAAGUUGCCGCCACUGCAAGAUGCCAUGAUUGGAUUUGCGCUCUUUCUGCCACAUCUCGUAAUAGCUGGCGCUUUGAGAUUCUAUUGCACGCUCGCUUGGUUGACGCGGAGUCGCCUUGAGCAACUCGAUUCGGAGGUUCAAGAGCUGCUCAAGCAACGCACCGAAUUGGAGGCCAUCACAAGUGUGAGUGUCACAAUUGAAGCGCCUUCUUCUGCUCCUCCAGCAUCUUCAUUUAUGCUGGACAAUCUGAUGAAUCUCUGCCAGCAGUUGCAACAGCUGGCAGCACGAUUUGGCCGCAUCUUUAGCUGCCUGCAGCAUUCGUUGCUGCUGUUGUUCAUCAUCAAUGCCAAUUGUCUGCUCUUUGGUAUCUAUUCAUACACCUACUACAGUAGUACCUGGCAUGUGUUGUUCGCCACACGCAAACAGCGCAUCUUCUAUGCAGGCAACGCUUGCAUCUAUGCGUGUAUUGCCUGUGAUUACUUUUGCCUCAUGGUCGUUAUCUUCUGCGUGGAUACGAGUCGUCAAAGUUUUCUCUGCUCCCUCAACACUGUGCUGCAACAAAGGAACUCAUUCACAAAGCGCAUACGCAACGUUGUCAAGGACAUGCGCUCCACUUUGUGGCACAAUUUUCACUUCAAAUUUCUCUCGCUCUGGCGCUUUGAUCUGCCCAACUUUUCACUGGUAAAAUUUUUUUUGCAGUUCCAAGUUUUGCAAUUGCUGAUCAUCGCCUUGAUUGUGAUUUAUCAUUAUCUGAACGAUGCCAUUCAAUUGAUUAACGACAACUUGGACAGCAGCAGCGACAACGAUGAUUAAGAUUGAUGUAACUAUUACAUCGGUUACGCAUAAUUUCCAUUAUUGUUAAUUUGAGGAGUUGCAAACUUAAACUAUUUAUUUAUGAGAUGACCAGGCAAAACACUUACAAAGAGAAUGGACCACAAAUCACAAUUAAAUUGCUAAUAAAAUUGUUCCCAAAUCAAAGUUUCAGUUUGU